AUGUUGUUUAUGGAAUCCUAUUUGUGUUACUGCUCGGUGCGCCUCGGCGUCAUUAUUGUCGCUGUUUUCACUAUUAUUCGAAACCUUGCUCUGAGCACUGUGCUGUUCACGAUGGGAGUGACGGUGUUCGACCCCUUAAACGAUUUGUUUGAACACGAUGCGGAGUAUAAGGACAGGAAGUGGGUUAGAAAGUACAUCUCCUGGAGUGAAAACUCCCCCGAGAGUUUCUCUGCAGUUUGCCAGAUAUUAUCCUUUGCUCAUAUAGGUGCUGCAGUCCUGAGUAUUUACGGCGCCAUGAAGUUACAGAAAUGGUAUGUCCUUUCCCUGGCGUUCUUCGAGUUCGCGCUCUUCGUAUUUAUAACAAUUCUCCACAUUGUCCUGAUGAUCAUGCUCAAGAAACAGAUUAACUUGGGACUUCUUAUAAUUCUUACUCUUAUGGGCUGCUUUUUCAUAUUAUUUGUGGGCUACAACGCAGUGACCUGCGUAGCCAUGUUCCAGAUCAUCGGCCUAGUGAACAGCGCCCGCUACCGAGAGCUCUACGGCGAGGAUCCGCUCCGCCCGCUCGCGAUGAGGCCGAAGGACUCCCAGAAGCCGCCGCAGGUGCUCCGCAUGUACGACAUGCACGACACGGACAUCGACGAGCAGAAGCGGUUGAGCAAGCUGGGGCUCUGGCCCCGCCGCCACCCGCCAGUGGUGUCCGUGCUCCCCGCGCAGGCGCAGCCCCCGCUGAAGUGGUGGCAGCUGCAGGCCCUCUCCACCGGAGAGGAGGAGGCCCAGGACCCGGCCGUCUACCGCAACUGGCAGACGAAGGAGCUGCUGAACGGAGUGGGCGGGGAGGCGCAGCGGAAGAGCGACCUCAACCGAAGGUACGCCGAGAACCAGAUGCACCGGUGGUACUAA